CUCGUCUUCAGGGAUUCCCUCUCUCUCUCUCUUAUCCCCUCUCUCCAUCUCUUUUAAUUACUAUUUUUUCCCUCCCUCGCAUUUCCUUUCCUUGCUUCUGUGUCGUCUUCGCCGUUGUCCUCUCUCUCUCUCUCUCACUCUCUCUCUCUCUCUCGGUGAAGAAGGAGAUGUCUUUGAAGCUGCAGAUUUCGGGAGAAAUCGGCCGGUCUUCGUUUCUCGAAUCUCUCCAUGGUAUCUCCUUCCAUGACUCGAUUAAGGGGAUCUCCGUAAGGGCGGCUAACGGAGGCGUUAGUUUCAAAAGAAGGGAGAACAAUUUUAAAACCAGAAGGGUUUAUUGCUCAGCGCAGGCACCACCACCUGCCUGGCCUGGAAGAGCUGUUGCAGAGCAGUGGCAGAAAAAAUGGAGUGGCCCCAAGCCCAUCUCCAUUGUUGGCUCUACUGGUUCAAUUGGUACUCAGACACUGGACAUAGUUGCAGAGAACCCUGAUAAGUUUGAGGUUGUUGCUUUGGCAGCUGGUUCAAAUGUUACUCUUCUGGCUGACCAGGUGAAAACAUUUAAACCUAAAUUGGUUGCUAUCAGAAAUGAAUCUCUACGUGAUGAACUUAAAGAGGCAUUAGCUAACUGUGAGCAUAAACCAGAGAUAAUUCCUGGAGAGGAGGGCAUCAUAGAGGUUGCUCGUCAUCCAGAUGCCGUUACUGUAGUUACUGGGAUAGUAGGCUGCGCAGGUUUAAAGCCCACUGUAGCUGCAAUAGAAGCAGGAAAGGACAUAGCACUGGCAAAUAAAGAGACACUUAUUGCAGGAGGGCCAUUUGUUCUGCCUCUUGCUCAUAAACAUCAAGUUAAAAUACUCCCUGCAGACUCUGAACACUCUGCAAUAUUCCAGUGCAUUCAGGGAUUGCCAGAAAAUGCACUUCGCCGCAUUAUUUUGACAGCUUCUGGAGGUGCUUUCCGAGAUUGGCCUGUUGAAAGAUUGAAAGAAGUGAAAGUUGCAGACGCUUUAAAGCAUCCUAACUGGAGCAUGGGAAAGAAAAUAACAGUUGACUCUGCUACUUUGUUCAACAAGGGGCUUGAAGUUAUUGAAGCACACUACCUUUUUGGAGCUGAGUAUGAUAACAUUGAAAUUGUAAUUCAUCCACAGUCAAUUAUACACUCAAUGAUUGAAACACAGGAUUCUUCAGUACUAGGCCAAUUAGGAUGGCCAGAUAUGCGCCUGCCUAUCCUUUACACUUUAUCAUGGCCAGACAGAAUAUAUUGCUCAGAGAUCACCUGGCCUCGUCUUGAUCUUUGCAAAUUGGGUUCACUGACUUUUAAAGCUCCAGAUAAUGUGAAAUAUCCUUCAAUGGAUCUUGCCUAUGCUGCCGGUCGUGCUGGAGGCACAAUGACUGGUGUUCUCAGUGCUGCAAAUGAGAAGGCAGUUGAGAUGUUUAUUGAUGAAAGAAUUAGUUACUUGGACAUCUUCAAGGUUGUAGAAAAGACAUGCGAUAAGCACCAGCAGGAGUUGGUGGAGUCUCCUUCCUUGGAGGAGAUCAUACAUUAUGACUUAUGGGCCAGAGACUAUGCGGCUGGUCUGCAAGGUGUGAGUCCUGUUGUUGCUGCAUAAGAACCAUUUCACCGGCAGCGUUAUCCUAAUAGGAGGGUGAAAGCUUGCCUGCUGACCUCCCUGCAUGCCAUCUUCCCACCUCAAUGGGCGAUGGCCCCUUAGCUUGUGGUCCGCUCAAUUCUGUUCUGUAACAAGGAAACAUUAAAAGUUGUAAUCCAUCAUGUUGGUUUA